UGUUUGAAUGUUUACAAGUAUUAAAAUAAGUACCUUUUGAAGGGGAAAACAUGUUUGGCCAGCAGGGUUACCAGCUUAUUUGCUGAGCCUUUCGGUUCUUUUAGAUACUGCAAAAGCAAGGACGAGAAAACUCUAGUUAUCACCCCUGUUAAUACGGCAGCCCUUCCCACAGCGGCCUGUGAGUAGAAACAAAGUAAAAUCUUCUCACAACUUGUAGACUAACUGUCACAUCCUACCGUCAGGCCCGUUGGUCCUUGGGGUGAACAAUUUAUCUACACUCUUCCCGGUUCAGAGGCAACUAAGUCUUAAAGAGGAAUCUAGGUGCAGGCUGGGCUGGGCUGGGCUACGCGGACCGUCGGCCCCAGCUAGGUCGUUCCCGGUUCGGAAACGCUCUUGCCGCUGCAGGCCCUACCGGGCCGAGGGGCGGGACCCAAGCCUCGGCCUCGCCUCCCGCUGCCGCCCGCCGCCCGCCGCUUCCCGGCGGCUGUGCCGGGCGACGCCGCCAACAUGCUGCAGAAGCGGGAGAAGGUGCUGCUGCUGAGGACUUUCCAGGGCCGGACGCUGAGGAUCGUUCGCGAGCACUACCUGCGGCCUAGCGUGCCCUGCAACAGCCCGCUCUGCCCGCAGCCAGCCGCCUGCCGCAACGAUGGGAAGCUCUUGUCUGCAGAAGUCACUCAUUAUGUGAUUCCAGACUGGAAAGUUGUCCAGGAUUACCUUGAGGUCCUCGAGUUUCCCGAGUUGAAGGGAAUUAUUUUCAUGCAAACGGCUUGUCAAGCUGUGCAGCACCAGAGAGGCCGGAGACAGUAUAACAAACUGCGGAACCUCCUGAAGGAUGCUCGCCAUGACUGCGUUCUCUUUGCUAACGAGUUCCAGCAGCACUGUUACCUGCCCCGGGAAAAGGGGGAGGCCAUGGAGAAGUGGCAGACCAGGAGCAUAUACAACUCAGCUGUUUGGUACUAUCACCACUGCGGGGACAGGAUGCCCAUCGUUAUGGUGACAGAAGAUGAAGAGGCCAUUCAGCAGUAUGGAAGUGAGACAGAAGGCGUGUUUGUAAUUUCUUUCAAGAAUUACUUGGACAACUUCUGGCCGGAUUUAAAGGCUGCCCAUGAGCUCUGCGACUCCAUCCUGCAGUCUCGCCGGGAAAGGGAGAGCGAAAGUCAGGAAACCCAUGGGAAGGAGUACCCAGAACACCUUCCCCUGGAAGUGCUGGAGGCAGGCAUCAAAUCCGGACGCUACAUCCAGGGAAUUCUGAACGUCAACAAGCACAGAGCUCAGAUAGAAGCUUUUGUUCGCCUACAAGGAGCCAGCAGUAAGGACUCAGACCUGCUCAGCGACAUCCUCAUCCAUGGCACAAAGGCUCGGAACCGCUCCAUCCAUGGAGAUGUGGUGGUGGUGGAGCUGCUCCCCAAAAAUGAGUGGAAAGGAAGAACUGCUGCCCUGAGUGAGAACGACAGUGAAGACAAAGCCUCGGGCGAAUCCCCAAGUGAGCCCAUGCCCACAGGUCGAGUGGUGGGCAUCCUUCAAAAGAACUGGAGAGAUUAUGUGGUGACAUUUCCAUCCAAAGAAGAGGUCCAGUCUCAGGGCAAAAAUGCUCAGAAGAUCCUAGUCACACCCUGGGAUUACAGAAUCCCCAAAAUCCGCAUUAGCACCCAGCAGGCCGAGGCCCUCCAGGACUUCAGGGUGGUUGUGAGAAUUGACUCCUGGGAGACAACAUCAGUGUAUCCAAAUGGACACUUCGUGCGUGUUUUAGGGCGAAUCGGUGAUCUGGAAGGGGAGAUUGCAACCAUCCUGGUAGAAAACAGUAUUUCUGUUGUUCCCUUCUCAGAAGCCCAGAUGUGUGAGAUGCCAGUGAACACACCAGAAAACCCUUGGAAGGUGAGCCCCAAAGAAGAAAGAGAGCGGAAGGACCUGAGGAACAGCCACCUUGUGUUCAGUAUCGACCCCAAGGGUUGUGAAGAUGUGGAUGACACACUCUCGGUCAGAACCUUAGCCAAUGGCAACCUGGAGCUCGGGGUCCAUAUCGCCGACGUCACACACUUUGUGACCCCCAACUCUUAUAUUGAUGUCGAAGCUAGAACGAGGGCCACCACUUACUACCUAGCAGACCGCCGCUACGACAUGCUGCCCUCCAUCCUCAGCGCGGAUCUCUGUUCCCUCCUGGGAGGCGUUGACAGAUGCGCUAAAGCGAAAGGCUUCUUCAUAGACACACGGUCCAAUAAAACCCUGGCUGACUCUCUGGAUAGAGCCAACGACCCCAGUGACCCUCUGGUGAACCAGCUGCUGCGCUCCAUGGCUACUCAGGCCAUGUCCAAUGCCCUCUACUUCUCCACCGGCUCCUGUGCAGAGGAGGAGUUCCAGCAUUACGGUCUUGCGUUAGAUAAGUAUACCCACUUUACUUCUCCGAUAAGAAGAUAUUCAGAUAUUGUUGUACACCGACUAUUAAUGGCAGCCAUUUCAAAAGACAAGAAGAUGGAAAUUAAAGAAAAUUUGUUCAGCAACAAAGAUCUUGAGGAAUUAUGCCGACAUAUCAACAACAGAAACCGAGCGGCCCAGCAUUCUCAGAAGCAGUCCACUGAGCUCUUCCAGUGCAUGUACUUUAAAGACAAAGACUCAGAAACGGAGGAGCGCUGCAUGGCCGAUGGAAUUAUUUAUUCGAUUAGAACAAAUGGUGUGCUUGUAUUUAUACCAAGGUUCGGCAUUAAAGGUGCUGCCUAUCUAAGGAAUAAAGAUGGCUUAGUGAUCUCAUGUGGCCCAGAGAACAGCUCUGAAUGGAUGCCAGGAUCCCUACAACGGUCUCAGAACAAGAUCACCUCUACCACGGCCGGAGGGCAGUCUGUCACAUUUCAUCUGUUUGACCAUGUAACAGUAAGAAUAUCUGUCCAGGCCUUGCGUUGCCACUCGGAUACAAUCAGGCUUGAAAUAAUAAGCAACAAACCAUAUAUGACGCCAAACCCAGAACUGUGCCAUCAGAGCUCCCUCUUGCUGAAGAGUGAGUUAGUGAAAGAAGUGACCCGGUCUGUGGAAGAAGCUCAGCUCGCCCAAGAAGUCAAAGGCAAGGUACUACAGGAGGAGUGUCAGGAAUACUGCCAAACAAAGGGAAGAAGUCUGUACUCGCUUCUGGAGGAGAUAAGGGACCUUGCUCUUCUAGAUGUUUCAGACAGUCAUGCAAUGUGAAAUCCUUCCACUUCAAUAAAGAGCUUUCUCAUA